AUGACGGUCAUUCGGUUCCAUGAACAACGUAACGGUGAAACGAAUGGUACUGUCGUAUAUCCUGGUCGAGCCGUACUGACAACCGUAUUGUUUCGUGUUCUUAAAUCAAUUUCAGAAGUGUGCACGUUCCAGCCGGACUUUGCCGAGCCAAUCGUCAACAUCUCGGUGGCCAUCGGUCGGGAUGCGACGUUUACCUGUCACGUACGGCACCUAGGCGGUUACCGGGUCGGCUGGCUGAAGGCGGACACGAAAGCCAUCCAGGCAAUACACGAGCACGUCAUCACGCACAACCCGCGGGUGACGGUUUCGCAUGCGGAUCAGAACACCUGGAACCUGCACAUCAAAUCGGUCACCGAGGAGGACCGGGGCGGCUACAUGUGCCAGCUCAACACGGACCCCAUGAAGAGUCAGCUCGGCUAUCUGGACGUAGUCAUUCCGCCGGACUUCAUCGCCGAAGACACCUCGUCGGACGUCAUCGUGCCGGAAGGAAGCUCGGUGAAGCUCACCUGCAGAGCCAAAGGGUAUCCGGGACCGGUCGUCACCUGGCGGCGGGAGGACGGCACUGAGAUCGUGCUUAAGGAUGCCACCGGCACCAAGCAACUGGUGACGUCGUACCGUGGAGAGGUACUCAAGCUGACGAAGAUCUCCCGCAGCGAGAUGGGUUCCUACCUGUGCAUUGCCUCGAACGGCGUGCCCCCGUCCGUUUCCAAGCGAAUAUCACUCAGCAUACAUUUUCACCCGGUGAUCCAAGUACCGAACCAGCUGGUAGGAGCCCCGCUCGGCACGGACGUCACUAUUGAGUGUCAGGUGGAGGCAUCGCCCAAGUCCAUCAACUACUGGGUAAAGGAUACAGGAGAAAUGAUCGUGUCCUCGCCGAAGUACCACGUCCAGGACGUCACGAAGUCGCUGUACGAGACGAAGAUGUCGAUGACGGUCCGGUCGUUCCAGAAGGAGGACGUCGGCUCGUACCGGUGUAUAGCGAAGAACUCGCUCGGGGAGGUGGACAGCAGCAUCCGAUUGUACGAGAUUCCAGGGCCGAGCCGCAAGGUGUACGCACCGAAGUUCGACCAGAACGAGAUCGCCAAGGACGGUGGAAAGCAGCAGCAGCAACAGCAGUCGGGCAAGACGAAGGUCCCCGCCUAUCCGCCGGAUGACGACGACCAGCAGUACGGUUCGGCGGAGGACCUGGACGAUCUGCUGGACACGUCAUUGGGCACGCACCAGCACCACCAGCACCACAAUGCCCACUCCCAUCAGCAUCAGCACCAUCAGCUGGCGACGGGCGGCUUCAAGCUGGCAGUCGGUGGCACCGCCCGGAGUCCCUACGACCACCCGAACAGCAUCAACCCGAACGGCAACAAGCACCUGCCGGCCAUCGACCUCGCCACCCGGAAGCCCCACGCCAUGCCACCGGUGCGCAACGGGCCCGACGGCGUCGACGGUGCCGGCGGCCUGUCCUACGGACAAUCGACGGCGGCACCUCUCCCUACCGGUGGCUACCUGCUCCUCAGCACCCUCCUCAGCAUCCUCAGCUUCCUGCUACUUGCCAAUGGCCGCCAACUGCUGCAUUAG